UAUUUCUUUACCACCACCUUGCAAUUGCAAUUGCAAGCGCCUAGAUCCUGUUCCACCGCAGCUGUUUUUCUAUUCGACUCCUUCAAAACACCCACGCUCUUUUCAAUCCACAGUCUUUUCGUCGAUUCCCUUAACAUAGAUUCUCGAACCUGAGAAUCCAUUCACCUAGACUAAGAAUAAGCAUUUCACUUCGUUGCAUUCUAGUCUACUCCCACUUUCAACAUGACUCGUCGGGCUCCUCGUAUCCACCGUCUCCCUCAACGUCUUGACUACAACCUGAUUCCCGCGCCUUUGGAUUUAUCCCUUCCGCUGGCCACGGAAAAGUCACCUUUGCCGGCUAUCAUUGUGACCCCAUCAUCUCCAUCAGCCGACGCACCUGAGUACUACAUAGCGUUCUUAACACCGCCCCUUAAGCCUACGUUUCGUGAGCGCAUCUCCGAGUAUUCUCCUUUCCAGCCACAGCUGCCCCUGAAGACUCGGAGCGCUAUCAUCGUCUCCCUCAUUCUCUUCAUUCUGGUCUGCCACAUUCUGGUGCACAUUGCUGUCCGCCGUCCACACUCCGAUUUCAUCACAUCCUCUGAUAAUAUCUCGUCCCUCAAAGCGAAUUAUCAUCAGGCCCAAAAUUCGUUCUUGGACUCGUUUGUUUCAGAUCUCAAAUCUUUUUGGAGUGGACCAGUGACCGGGGAUACGCGAAACUUCAUAAUCGAAGAUUUUUCACAACCAGCGCAUCGGUAGAUGUGGCAGGUUCGCCAUGUUUUAGUAUCUAGACCUUGAUACAAAGUCUAUGCAAUUUUUGUGCUUCACCGUGUUCCCAAUUUCCCAUGCAUCUACUGACACUCAUAUAUCAAAGUUAUUCCCGACCGAACUGACUUGUUUACAGUCCCAUUAAAUUUCUUUCGGUUAUAUUUAUCUGGAGUUGAAAUGUUUAGCUAAAGUCCUCCCCUGUAUCACGGUAACUGUACAGGAAACUCUUGGCUUUGUAUUCAGCAUUCAAUACCUGGACCAUUCCAUACACAACGACGUCAGGUCUGCGACACCUGUCCAGUUGGGUUCCCAUGCCUGUAUCGACAAUCAAUCCAUUCGCGUGAUUUGUAACAUCAAUUCAGGGAUCGCUCC